AUGACUCACCAGGUCCAAGGGACGGCGUUCAUCACCGGCGCCGCGUCAGGAAUCGCCGCCUCCACCACCCACAAACUCGCUCAAAAUGGCAUCUCCAACCUCGCCCUCGCAGACCUCAACGUCCCGGGCCUCGAACAAAUCGCCAAAGAACUCAAAGCGACCCGCCCCGAUCUCCGAACCCUGAUUCUCCGGGUCGACGUAUCCUCCGAAGACUCCGUCACGGCGGCGGUCCGCAAAACCGUCGGCGAAUUUGGCCGCAUCGAUAUCGGGGUGAAUUGCGCGGGCGUGGCGCAGGAGAUUUGUUCGACGCAUGAGACGCCGAAGGAGACUUGGGAGAGGGUCGUUGGGGUGAAUCAGACGGGGGAUGGACGACAUUACGCAAAGGAUGGAAUCCGAAUAAAUGCGCUCUGUCCGGGAUUCGUCGCAACACCACUCAUCCAACCCGGAAUCGACGCGGGGAAUUUCGCGCGCGACAUCGAAGCCCUUCCGAUCGGGCGGGUCGGUCAACCGGAGGAGAUCGCAGAUACGAUUCUGUAUAUGACGUCGCCGAUGAGUAGCUUCAUGGUUGGGGCGGCGGUGGUCGUGGAUGGGGGGUAUAGUCUUUAG